AUGGCAGAGGACUGCCAAGAAGCUCACCUGAUAUUCGAUAUACCACAGGACGAGAUUGCCGUGUCGUCUUCCAUAACCAGAAUAAGGGUAACCUCCGCUCACCCAGUGCCACAUAUUUCGCUCCACCGUCGCAGCAGUCAGAGUACGGACGUCGCUGAAGACGAAACCAUCAUUGCUCGCCGUCCACCGGCCGAGCCAACCGACCAACGAGCUCCCGACCGCAACGGUACGGUGGGAGGAACAAGCGUCAAAGCCAUCACCUUUCUGCUCAUCAGCGUCGCUUGCGUACUCCUCAUCAGCUCGAUGGUCAUCACGGACUUAAACAACAGGAACGGUCGCGGUAGCAAUAACGUUCAAAACAAUGCCGAUGAUGGUAUUGCAACGCCACUACUUAUUGGAGAGGAACCCACCGUUUCGGCUGAAGCACCACCGGGAAAAGCGCAAAAAACCCCGCUCGAAAGUCGUAACUUCUUCGCGAGACGUCCCUUGAACUCUGCGCGCAAUGCGCGGCGAAGCCUACGGAAACUGCUGCGUGGAUCCAAGUGCACCAGUAAGGCAUGCAUGGAGCAGGGAGCCAAAUUGUUAGAGGAUCUGGAGCCUACAAUUCGGCCUUGUGACGACUUCUAUCAGCAUGUCUGCGCACGUUGGCAGCAUCGCCAGCCCUCCAGCGGGCAGAACGACGGGCUAUCCGUGGACUCGAUCUUGCUGGACCUGUUCAGCGACCUUCUCAUCAGUGUCAUUCGCGCAGACGCACCACCUUUUCCAGAGCUAAAGUUCUUCUUCGACGAAUGUGUCCAGCCACAGCCUAAUUUAUUCCGCAACGUGAGAGAAACCCUACUCCGCCAUCUCGAAUUCAAGGGCUGGCCGUAUCCCGAGGAUGCCACCAUAACCGACUUUGAACUUUCUGCCAGGGUCGGCCGUGCAUUUUCAGAGCUCGGGCUGGAAACGCUCUUGAGUCUCUCCCGGGGUCCGAACGGUCUUCAGAUAGGACAGCCUCGGAAUCUGCUUCUUCGACAUUUCCUGCCGACGGAACCGCAGCUUCCUGGACGCUCGCUCAGCAAAGCCUGCGACUCUAUCCUAGAAACACUGCCGAUGCCGUCAAAGGUUACUUUUCAGUCCCACUCUACGACAAAUGUAACUGCCGUGGAGAUCCAGCUUCGCAAGAUCCUCAACUCGGACCAAGAACUGCAAGACGCUGGAAGGCUAAAGAACUGCACAACGCGACAGGUGAUGAACCUUCCCAAGGCAGGAUAUCUAGAUGUUCGCAAGUUCCUCGAAAUUGCCACGGGUGGAGGCUCCAAACUCGGAGAGACUGUCAGCAUCUACCUCUCCUCUCCGGAGUACUUGGAUCGGAUGCGCACCCUGCCUGUCUCCAAACAAGAUCUUCUAAACUAUGUCGCCUUCCGCGUGAUUCUGGAGCUCAGUCCCUUACUCAGUAACUGGUCCGUGCGGUCCGAACUUGCCUCUAUAGCGUACUCUCGUUAUGCGGAGUUCGCCGAGAAAUUAUCUCCGGCCCAGAUUUGCGUUCGUUUCCUGGAACGGUACGACCCAUUCCUCCCGACAUACCUCACAUCUCACCGAGCUCUCGAACUUCUUGGAGGCGCUGAUGUGAUUCGAAUCAUUCUGGACACCCUCAAGAAAACCUUCCUACACGAGUUCAACAAUGCGACCUCGUUUACUUCAAUUUUCAGACAAAAGGCAUCGGAUCAGCUUAGCGAAGUUUACUGGGAAGCCCUCAUGCCCUACUGGCUCUCGGAAAAAAAGGCCGCUGAAAUCUUUGCCGAAGGCAUCUACACCAACAAUCCCCGUCAUCCCGUGCCUCACUUUUUCUACUUCUGGCUUCGGACUUCGGCCCUGAAGCGUCGUCAGUUUCUAGUGGGCAACAAGACGACGUGGACGGGAGGCUUCUUGCGAACGUGGGCGACCCUUUCUCCACCGUACCGCCACCUAGAAAUCCCGCUCCCAGUCUUCGACUUUGUGAUGUCUAAUGAUUCGAGCGUAUCGCACCUCCACGUGCCUCGUGUGGGUCCACGACUUUUCAGGGAACUGUACCGACUGCUGUACCACGAAGCGAUCAACUUUGACCUGAAUAAGGCGUCUGCCGACGAGAGUCGCUACCUUGACGCUGUGCGACUCUGCCUGGAGAAGCAGUACAAGGAGCUCAGCUUCAACCCCAGUCGUGUUCCCCUCAACUCCGCCAAGACGUCUCUGUCCGACCUCCUGGAUCUGCUGUCCGUACGCACCGCAUUCGCGGCUUAUUUGCAGCAUCUGAGCGCCCACGACGGCGAUUAUCGCCUGGGCACUGCACCGAACCUGGCUGGGCAGCAACUUUUUUUUAUCUACUACGCGCGCAGCAUGUGCGAGAAGCUCAACCCCAGGUUUAUGGUAAAACAGAUGACCCACGGACCAGUGAGUCCAGCCUGGUAUCGGGUUAAUGGGCCCUUGCGCAAUAUGCAGGAUUUCGCGCUGGCUUUUGGGUGCUCUCCGGGAACCAACAUGAAUCCAAUGCCGAAGUGCAUCUAG